GCCAUCGUCAUCCUUCUCACGCGACGCACAGCCGCUUCCUUGAACAGAGUCGGGCUGUCAGAGAAACCCUAAGAAGAAGAGGAAGGAGGUAGAAUUGGCAGAGAAUGAGAGAGGAGAGAGGAGAUGGAACGGAGAAGCACAGAUGCUGCAGAGAAGCAGAAUAAGAGAAGGGAUUGAGAAGGAAAAAGAAGAAGAGGAGGGAGGGGGAGGUGGGGGGAAAUGGCGUCGGGGAGCAAGGGGAGCCACCCGGACCAGCAAGCGAACAAGGCGAUUGCGCAGUACAAUCUGGACGCGAGGCUGCACGCAGUGUUCGAGCAGUCGGGGGAGUCCGGGAGGUCGUUCGAUUACUCGCAGUCGGUGAAGUCCACGGUGGAGUCCGUGCCAGAGCAGCAGAUCGUUGCCUAUCUGUCCAAGAUUCAGCGAGGGGGAAAGGUGCAGCCCUUCGGGUGUACGCUUGCCAUCGACGAGUCGAGCUUCCGGGUCGUCGCUUUCAGCGAGAACGCCGUAGAGAUGCUGGACCUAACGCCGCAGUCGGUCCCGACCUUGGGCCUCACCGCCGGCGAGUCCCUCCUGGGAGUGGGAACCGACGUCCGCAUGCUCUUCACCCCCUCGAGCGCGCUCCUCCUCGAGAAGGCCGCGAGCGCCCGGGAAAUCACGCUCCUCAACCCCGUGUGGGUGCACAGCCGGAGCUCCGGCAAGCCCUUCUACGCCAUCCUCCACAGGAUCGAUGUCGGAAUCGUAAUCGACCUCGAGCCCGCUCGCUCCGUCGACCCCGCCCUCUCAAUUGCCGGCGCCGUGCAGAGCCAGAAGCUCGCUGUCCGCUCUAUUUCUCGCCUUCAGUCCCUUCCCGGCGGCGACAUCGGCCUCCUCUGCGAUACUGUCGCUGAGAUCGUCCGAGAACUCACCGGCUACGACCGCGUAAUGGUGUACAAGUUUCACGAGGACGAGCACGGUGAAGUUGUGGCCGAGAGCAAGCGGGACGAUCUCGAGCCCUACUUGGGGCUGCACUACCCGGCCACCGACAUCCCCCAGGCGUCGCGCUUCCUCUUCAAGCAAAACAGGGUGAGGAUGAUUCACGAUUGCAAUGCCACGCCCGUCCGGGUGAUUCAGGAUCCUGCUCUCCUUCAGCCGCUGUGUCUCGUUGGUUCCACUCUCAGGGCUCCACAUGGCUGCCACGCUCAAUACAUGGCAAACAUGGGUUCGAUUGCUUCUCUGGCCAUGGCGGUCAUAAUCAGCAGCGGCAAUGAGGAUGAUCUGGGCCACGGUGGUGGUGUAGGUGCCGCCGGAGGUGGUGCUAGCACUUCAGGCAGGCAGCCCGUGACGAAGCUCUGGGGUUUGGUGGUGUGCCACCACUCAUCCCCAAGGUCGAUUCCGUUCCCUCUGCGCUAUGCCUGCGAGUUCCUAAUGCAGGCAUUUGGUCUUCAGCUCAAUAUGGAGCUCCACUUGGCCGCUCAGUUGAUGGAGAAGAAGAUUCUCAGGACGCAGACCCUUCUCUGCGACAUGCUUCUUCGCGACUCUCCGACGGGAAUUGUCACGCAGUCGCCGAGCAUCAUGGAUUUGGUUAAGUGUGAUGGAGCGGCUCUCUAUUUCCAGGGCAGUUGCUGGUUGCUUGGGGUGACUCCCACAGAGGCGCAGAUCAAGGAGAUCGCCGAGUGGUUACUUACCUGCCAUGGCGAUUCCACUGGGCUCAGCACUGAUAGUCUCGCGGAUGCGGGUUUCCCAGGUGCCGCUUCGCUUGGUGAUGCGGUCUGCGGUAUGGCCGCUGCGAACAUCUUCUCGAGAGACUUCUUGUUUUGGUUCCGGUCGCACACGGCGAAGGAAAUCAAGUGGGGAGGUGCGAAGCACGAUCCGGAGGACAAGGACGAUGGGCAGAGGAUGCACCCGCGAUCUUCGUUCAAGGCCUUCUUGGAGGUGGUUAAGAGCAAGAGCUUGCCGUGGGAAAACGCAGAGAUGGACGCCAUUCACUCGCUUCAGUUGAUCCUGCGAGACUCGUUCCGGGACGCUGCUGCUGCUGUGGCGCAGGAGGGUGGAUCAAAGAUGAUGAUUGAUGGACAGCUCGGGGAGCCGAUGCUACAGGGAAUGGACGAGCUUAGCUCCGUUGCUCGGGAGAUGGUUAGGUUGAUAGAGACGGCCACAGCUCCAAUUUUCGCUGUAGAUGCAUCGGGCCUUAUCAAUGGCUGGAACGCCAAAGUGGCAGAGUUGACAGGUUUGACGGUGGAGGAAGCCAUGGGACGGUCCUUGGUUCAUGAUCUUGUUCACAGCGAAUCAGCUGAAGUUGUGGAUAGGCUUCUUUCUCGUGCUUUAAAAGGUGAAGAAGACAAGAAUGUGGAGAUCAAGCUUAAGACUUUUGGCACACAGCAGCAGAAAAAGGCCAUAUAUGUGAUAGUAAAUGCCUGUUCAAGUAAGGAUUACACUGAUAAUAUAGUUGGUGUGUGCUUCGUUGGCCAAGACAUCACUGGUCAAAAGGUUGUGAUGGAUAAGUUUGUCCACAUCCAGGGUGACUAUAAAGCUAUUGUCCACAGUCCAAAUCCAUUAAUUCCACCAAUCUUUGCUUGUGACUUGAACACUUGCUGUUCAGAGUGGAAUACUGCAAUGGAAGUGCUAACUGGUUGGGAAAAAGAUGAUGUCAUUGGAAAACUACUCGUUGGGGAGGUUUUUGGCAGUUGCUGUCGGCUAAAGGGCCCAGAUGCAUUGACAAAGUUUAUGAUCAUCCUACAUGGUUCUAUUGGUGGUCAAGACGCAGAUAAGUUACCGUUUGCAUUUUUUGACAGGAAAGGGAAAUAUGUCCAGGCACUUUUGACAGCAAACAAGAGAAUUAGUAUGGAAGGCCAGAUAAUUGGAGCUUUUUGCUUUUUACAGAUCGCAAGCCCUGAGUUGCAGCAUGCACUUGAAGUCCAGAGGAAGCAAGAAAAAAAAUGUAUGGCUAGAAUGAAAGAAAUGGCAUAUAUCUACCAAGAAGUGAAAAACCCAUUAAGUGGAAUACGAUUUACCAAUGCUCUCUUGCAAAACACUAAUUUAACUGAGGAUCAGAGGCAGUUUGUUGAGACAAGUGCAGCAUGUGAGAGGCAGAUGAUGAACAUCUUAAGGGAUGUAGAGUUAGAAAGGGUGGAAGAUGGCUCCCUGGAACUUGAUGUUGCUGAAUUCCUGCUAGGCAGUGUUGUAAAUGCUGUCGUUAGUCAAGUGAUGAUUCUUCUGAGAGAAAAAAAUCUGCAGUUAAUUAGAGAGAUACCUGAGGAGAUCAAGUUAAUGACCUUAUAUGGUGAUCAACUAAGGUUUCAGCAAGUUCUGGCCGACUUCUUACUAAACAUAGUGCGAUAUACUCCAAGUUCAGAAGGUUGGGUUGAACUUCAGAUCAGGCCAAGUUUAACAACUGGUGGGACUGAGUUGGCACAUCUAGAAUUCAGGAUGGCGUGUCCAGGAGAGGGUCUUCCAGCAGAGCUUGUCCAAGACAUGUUUCACAAAAGUAGAUGGGUUACAAGGGAAGGGCUUGGGUUGAAAAUGUGCAGGAAGAUUCUCAAGUUGAUGGGUGGAGAAGUACAGUACAUCAGAGAGUCUGAAAGGUGUUACUUUCUUAUAGUCAUCGAACUUCCUAUAAGGAGAGGUACAAAGAACGUAAAAUUGUAGCGUCCAGACUGCUUUGACUAGAUUUGCUAAGGAAAAUCUUCAACAAGCCUUUCCAGCCUCUGUUUUACCAACUCUUGCAAAGAACAUGCGUUCCUAGGCUUGAACCAAUGCAAUUGUGCACCUUGCUGAUGGAAACUUAACCAGUAAAGUUAAAGAACAAACUGAACUGGAGAUGAACUCUUCAAACUUCAAAGUUCCCCACUGAUGAAAGGAUGUGGAGUCACUUAUUUUCUGUCUGAUGACGUGGUAACUUCGUUCUGCUCCCACUGCCCAGUUGCUGGCAUUGUUCCUCAAGGUCUCCCCUUCUUCUAUUGCUUGUGUCAUGGGAUUCAAAUAGUUGUCCCUUCCACGUGGAGACAUAAGAGGCUUCCUUUCCUUGUGAUCAAGAGGUGGCAUGAUUCCUCAGAGAGUGGUUAACACCACGGUUGAGCGUUCUUCUCUUAGACUGUUGUAUGAUUAAUUAGAACUGACUUCAAUUAUGGUAGCUAUCUUGUAUGUACCAUUGUCUAGUACUACUGCUUGUAAUAUAACUCUGCUUGCUGCCAUUUGUAUUUGGCCUGUAAAUCCACCAGUAUUGAGUUUCAAUGUAAGUACUAACUACUGUAUGCGUUAGAGGAGGGAACGUUGGUUAUUGGCCCGA